CGGGGCCGCGCUCGGCACUUCGGGGACGCUCCGGAGCGGGACCGCGGCCGGGGCCGGACGGCCGCAGCCGCAGAUGUCAAAAUUAACCUGGACUGCUUGGGAAUGGCAAAACAUAGCCCUGGGAUCCUGCCAUGAACAAAUGCAGCUAAAGCUUCAAUUUACUUUUUCUGAUCGUGGAUUGACUGAGCUCACAAUUUAAGCUGCACUGCUCAGAGGUAAUGUACACUGGCUAUCCGGGAGUCGCUUGUGAAGGCUGGAAGAUUUCUGAAUCUUGUGAAGUCUGCUGAAGUGUGUGUGCAUUGUUUUACUAGGAGGCUUUUCAGACUUUUACUUCCUGUUUUUAUCACUUGUUUCCCAUUUGAUGUGAACUGGCCUUUUCAUUAACGCUUCCAGAGCAGCAGUUGGUGCCUCUGAGUCUGUGACACAGACUGUCCAGAACGGAGUUCCUGGAGAAUGGAACUCCUAACUUUGUACUGUUAGCCCUCUUGGGAGGUAAUGAUUAAAAACCUUCCUCCAGUCAUAAGCAUAGAGGCAGAAGCUCACAUUACCUUUGGGAGAGGGGUGGCAUGGAAGCUGCUUUGUGGUCUGCACACAGCAAACAACAGGAGUUGUGGGCAUUGUCACUGGUAGGGGCCUGCUCUGCAUUGUGGCUGUAGGAGCAACCGUAGGAGGACAACAGCAUUUUGGGCAGCUGCCACUGACAGACAAUCUGGGUGCUGUGCACAGCUCUGAACAAUGCUUGGGUCUGCAGCUGGGGAUGACAAGAGGAUGCAGAUGUUUGAGCCAAGGGCAGAAGAGACAGAGCAGUGCAGCUGUCCAGGACCAGAGCUGAUGUGAACCCGGCAAAGAGCAGCCUAAUGCGUGCAAACAGGAAGCACUUUUCUUGCUUUUGUGCUCCUUCAUCUCUGUAAUUUUACCAGAGAAAGUGCAUGAAGAACAGAGGAGAUAUUUCCGCUUAUCAGAGAUGAUGUGGAGAGACUCUUUAUCCCUGGUGGAAGAGGAGGAUCCUCAUAUGAAAGUGUCUCUUGGGAGCAGCGAUAUGGGCGUCUCUGCCCAUCUGCAGUCUUCGAAGACAGGAACCACCAGAUUUUUCACCAGCAAUACUCACAGUUCUGUGGUAUUACAGGGCUUUGACCAGCUGCGAGUGGAAGGUUUGCUCUGUGAUGUGACGCUCGUUCCUGGAGAUGGUGAUGAGGUGUUCCCUGUCCACAGAGCAAUGAUGGCUUCUGCAAGUGAUUACUUCAAGGCCAUGUUCACAGGAGGAAUGAAGGAACAAGAUUUAAUGUGCAUUAAGCUUCAUGGUGUGAACAAAAUAGGCCUAAAGAAGAUCAUUGAUUUCAUCUAUACUGCAAAACUUUCCCUUAACAUGGACAACCUUCAGGACACUCUGGAAGCUGCCAGUUUUUUGCAGAUUUUACCUGUUUUGGACUUCUGUAAAGUAUUUCUUAUCUCUGGGGUUUCGUUGGAAAACUGCGUUGAGGUUGGGCGAAUUGCCAACACAUACAAUCUCACAGAAGUGGAUAAAUAUGUUAAUAAUUUCAUCCUGAAGAACUUCCCUGCAUUAUUAAGUACUGGUGAAUUUGUGAAACUCCCCUUUGAACGUCUUGCCUUUGUGCUUUCAAGUAAUAGCCUUAAGCACUGCACUGAACUGGAGCUCUUCAAGGCGGCCUGUCGCUGGCUGCGCUACGAGGAGCCUCGCAUGGAGUACGCUGCAAAGCUCAUGAAGAACAUCAGGUUUCCCCUGAUGACCCCCCAGGAUCUUAUCAACUACGUCCAGACAGUGGACUUCAUGAGAACUGACAACACCUGUGUCAACUUGCUUCUGGAGGCCAGCAAUUACCAGAUGAUGCCGUACAUGCAGCCCGUGAUGCAGUCGGAGCGGACGGCGAUCCGCUCGGACAGCACGCACCUGGUGACGCUGGGAGGGGUGCUCAGGCAGCAGCUGGUGGUCAGCAAGGAGCUGCGGAUGUACGACGAGAAGGCCCACGAGUGGAAAUCCCUGGCGCCCAUGGACGCGCCGCGGUACCAGCACGGCAUCGCCGUCAUCGGCAACUUCCUCUACGUGGUGGGAGGCCAGAGCAAUUACGACACCAAGGGAAAGACGGCGGUCGACACGGUCUUCAGGUUCGAUCCUCGCUACAACAAGUGGAUGCAAGUGGCAUCUUUAAACGAGAAACGGACCUUCUUCCACCUAAGUGCCCUCAAAGGACAUUUGUAUGCAGUCGGAGGUCGGAAUGCAGCGGGUGAGCUAGCCACUGUGGAAUGUUACAAUCCCAGAAUGAACGAGUGGAGCUACGUGGCAAAAAUGAACGAGCCCCACUAUGGUCACGCUGGAACCGUGUAUGGGGGGCUAAUGUAUAUUUCAGGGGGAAUUACCCACGAUACUUUCCAAAAGGAACUCAUGUGCUUUGACCCUGACACAGACAAAUGGACUCAGAAAGCUCCGAUGACGACAGUCAGAGGUCUGCAUUGCAUGUGUACUGUAGGAGACAAGCUGUAUGUUAUUGGUGGAAACCACUUUAGAGGAACAAGUGAUUAUGAUGAUGUUCUAAGCUGUGAAUAUUACUCACCAACUCUAGACCAGUGGACUCCAAUUGCCGCCAUGUUACGUGGGCAAAGCGAUGUUGGGGUUGCUGUCUUUGAAAAUAAAAUCUAUGUUGUCGGAGGAUAUUCUUGGAAUAACCGGUGUAUGGUGGAAAUAGUUCAGAAGUAUGAUCCAGAAAAAGAUGAGUGGCAUAAAGUAUUUGACCUUCCAGAAUCCCUUGGUGGCAUUCGAGCCUGCACUCUCACUGUUUUCCCUCCGGAGGACAAUACAGGGUCACCGUCCAGAGAGUCUCCUCUUUCAGCACCUUAGAACCAUCCCUUGGCUCACGAUGUUGUAGUAACACCUCUGCACUGCAUCAUGGGGUCUCUUAUUUUUCUUCAGUAGUUUCUGUUAGGCUUAGCCUACAGCAUUUCAUACAAUUACUGAAAAAAAAAAAAAAAAGACUUUGACAUUAUUUGUGCUGUUUGUUUGGCCUAGAAUGUCUCUCAAGUGGUUAACAAAAGAAAUGUACUCGCCCGAGCCAAAUGUUUAACAAAUGAGAAGGUAUUGUCUGUAAAAUGUAUGAACUAGGUACGUUAUUAAUGUUGUAUGUUGGGUGUGAGGUACCUUGUAGCUUACAUUUGGGAGCCCAGUGAGUCAAAUUUGUAUUGAACAUGUCACUGAAUUUCAUGUUGAAAUCGGUUUUCCUUUCAUUUUUGACUGCAGAUCACAAGGGUAGGUAGACCACAUCAAUGUGAACUCUCCGAAGGUUGCCAAGGGGCCUGAGCUACCUCCCUCUUUACACAGAGUAUUUUUGACAUAUCUGUUUACCCACCUGACUUUGUGGGUGCUUUCAGAGCAUAUGAAGUUUCUUAGGCAGAGGGAAGAAAUAAAAUAAUUUUAAAAUAUUAGCACUGUACAGGAGCGGACCUUGUAGAGGCCAGGAGUUUUUUAUAACAUAUAUCGAGUGUUUUUCCUGAGUCAGUUGAACGAUGCUUCAAACAAAACAUUCUAAACAUAUUUGUGUUUUUUAAUUUGGUUUUCUUUUCAGGAAUUGGCUUCCACUUGCAUGGGAGCACACACUAUUAACAAAUGGGAAUUCAGUGCAGCAGAGUAUUCUGUGCUAUGGCUGUACUGAAUAUGGGUAGUUAAGGGCUAGAAUCAGUAACUUAAGCCACUGAAUUUGACCAAAUGGUUCCAUCCGAUCAAAUUUAAUCUACCUUUUCUCCUUUACUGUUGAGAUAACUUGCAUAAUGUUUCCUCUGUAUAGUCUCAGUUAAUAAGGUUAUUUAGCACAAAGUGCAGCUUCAGUGAGAGAGCUGCUUUUGCUCAGUGAACCUGGACUACCACAUUUUACCUUUUUUUGUUCAAUAAAACUUUUAACUGCAGUUACCCAGUCUAAGCUACCUCAUUAAUGUAUUUGGUUUUCUUCCUCUGCCUCAGUGUCUCCAGGAUACACAUGAUGUAUAUCCACGCGGGUAGGUGAAUCUGCUAGGAAACCAAUGCAGAAGUGAUCAUGAAUGGGUAUUUUUGACCUACUUUUAAGAAACUAUUUUGGUCUGAUGUGUUCAUUUUAUUGUUAGGGACUGAUGAAAAACCAGUCUUAAUGUUUUUUCCUUGGAGAACUGCUUAUGUGUGCAGCCCUGCAAAUUCACAGGAAUCUUUACCUGCUCCAAAAUAUGGUGCCCUGCUGACAAACUGCAGCUCUGAUUAUGCCAUUGUGAUUGUUCUGGACUUCCCAUCAUGUUACGAGUCAUUUUGCUAAUGAACACAGUCACAGGGGCAUCCUCUGGGGAAAACUGUUUAAAACAGCUUAUUGUGUUACCUAUUAAUAAUAACCAAGUAAAGCUUAAUAGACUUUUGUUGGGAUUUUGCUAUUUGUGUUUUGUCCCUGCUUGAUGCAAUCAAGCAGCAGGAUUACUGUGGUGUCAGUUUUGGAAGUACUGAUAUUUAUUCUUUGUGCAGUUUACUAGUAAUGGUCACUACCAAAAUCUACAUGUAAGCUUUAGGUUUCAUAAUUGUUUUGGUUAAAAUCAAAAUCAAUUCUUCCUCUUUAAAAAAUUGAAGUCUCAAUUCCAUGUGGCUGUGCAAGGUUGUUGCAGGCAGAAUAGUGGCACCAGUGGAUACUCCUGGAAACUGGCCAGUGAAGAUAAAUUGAUUCAUCACCCUAAGAAUAUUCUUCUUAUGCUGUGCAAAGCACUGGAUAGAAAAAUUUUGCUCUGUUGCUUAAGGAUUUUUCAAUCAUUUAAGUGUCACAUGCUACUAAUUUUUUUUUCCAGCUCAAAGACCAGAUUUUAGACCCUACUUGAGUUUAAAUCCUCUGAAAUCCAUAUUCAGUGUCUCUUUUGUUAAUUAAACUGAAAAGUACUUGAAGGAGUUGCAAUUCCUUUAGGAUAAUGUAAAUAUAUCCUGCUCUUUGUAUGCUGGGGAUGAGGGACACAGUGUUUAAAAGUGGGAAUCUUCACUGGUGUUCUCUGUUUGGAAGAAGCUUCACAUGGGUUCUGAUCAUUCUGAGGUGAUUUAAAGCCAGCCAGAAUAUCAGUUUUGUGUCUGAGCCUUGUAUAGCCAGGAGCUGGUAUAUGGCCACAAUGAUGAGGUUUUUUGUUUGUGUUUUGUUUUGGGUUUUUUUUGUUUUUGUUUUGGUUUUUUUGACUCAUUAUUUGUUAUACAUAAAAUGGAAGACUUAUUUUUGAACGUUUUGUCAUCAGUGGAUUAAAUGUAGUGCUUCAAUCAAAUUAAUCUUUGGGGUUUUUUGUUGUGAUUUUUUUUUUAAAUCUCCCUCUGGAUUAAAGUGUUUAUAAUUAAAUUAGUUAACAUUUACUCACUAGGAUUGAAAAGUAAACAUCAAAGACUUGCCCAAAACUGCAAACUGGUUUCUUCUGUAGUGUAGUAUAAAAUGCCAUGAUGCUCAUUGAGUGUUUCUUAACCAUAGCAUAAGAUCCCCUUUCCAUCUCUGAACCCACAGCUGUAGGUAUACACACGGAUACAGCAAAUACCCAUCUCCAUUUCCAGUCAGGCUGCCUCUUCAUAAAUCUUGGACUCUCUCAUGUUGCAGUUGUAGUACCUGAAUCAGAAAAGCAUCUGGGUAAAAAGCAAUUAUAGCUAUUUGACUUGAAUGAAAUUAGGGUUGCAUGGUGUGCCAGCUGGGAGAGCCACGGGAGCUGUCUGCCCUCUCCCAGUGAUGCAGGCACACACUGCAAAAUUCAUUCAGGCUUUGCUUUUUUGGUGCCCAAUUAGCAGCAAAUGCCAACAGGGCUCACUUCCAUGUACAGUGUGCCCAAAGGCUCAUCUGAUAUCCCUGCAAAACUCACCACUCUGACUCCAGACAUCCAAGGUGACAUUUCCCUUGUUCUUUGUUUUGAGAUAGGACAAGAACAGUGGGGAAGACGACCUGGGAAAAUCCAGGUUAUGUAAAGUUCCUUUGCCUUGUUAACAUCAGAGGGUUCAUCAUCUGCAGAUAUCCAUUUUUCUGUGAUACCCCUCCCCUUAGAAAGUUGCAAAGUCCAAGAACCUGGUCCAGGGAAAGCAAUUCCUGCAAGGAUCCAGCCAGUCUUGUGGCUUCUUGGGAUAAAGGAGCUGUGCUGAAGGGAUGAGCACUGGUGCAGCAGAACGUGCUGAAGCCUGGCUGUGGCUCUACAGGCCCUUUGGGUGGAAUAUUCAGUGUUUUCUUAUAAACAGUGCUAUUUUUAAAUUGCCUAUUCUGUUUCUGAGGGAUCUCUAAGGAGUAGCAUUUUAGUGACAGUCAGAAGCUCAAACCAGUAGUCUGGUCCUUUAGUGGAAUAAUGGCAAUCACGGAUUAGAGCAGUUUGCAUGCAGAUAAAUAAAGUUCUAACUAAAGGCUUACAGUCUUAAUCUGAUGGGCUGGUUGGACAUCAAAAAAUAAUUUGAUACCACAGCAACAAGUGCAGUACAAAUAUCUGGAGAAGUUUCUAACCAAAGAGUUGAGGAUGAACUGAUCCGAAAAGAUCAUAGCACUUUUCUUUGCAAAGUUCAUUCUGCCCACCAGAAUUGUUGUUCCUUCUUAAUUUGCCCUCCAGCUGGUGAUUACCUCACCUUUACACUGAUGUGUGACUCUACUGGUCACUGAUUCUUUAAUCCUUGGUUUGACUUGAUGCCCUUGGUAGCUGACAUCUCUGUUACUUUCUCUGCUCCUGAUCAGAACAGAUAAAGCAGAGGCUUUUUAGUGGCACUUACAUCAAGAGAGAAUUGCCCAUUGUUGAUAAAUGUAUUUGUAAUUCAGCUUGUGCAUUCUUGGAAACAUAUAAGCUAUUUUAAGCUAGUGAAAGGUAUGUGCAUGUUGCAGGAGUAAUGUGUGUCCCCUUUCCUCCUGGCUUGCACCUUAUGUGAUGUGGUGACCCAGAGAUCUGGAGGGAGAGUCAGGCUCUCACGUGGCACUUUAUGCUUUCCAUGCUCUGUGAAAGUGUUCUUUACUUGCACACCAUAUGUAGCUUAUGGGAUAUUUUUUCUUCUAUAUUUUAAAUGUGAAUUAUGAUUCUUUGUGUGCAAAUGUGGUCAGAAAAAAAAAAAAGUCUUAAAGGGCAGAGUUAUACUUUGCUUAGUUGAUAAAGUUUUUAGUCCCCUGAGUAUUGCAGGACCCGUUCAGCUGUGAAAAGGUGAUUGCAGCUUGAGAGCCAGCUAGGAAAUCCGGAUGGCUUUCCUGCCUGUCCCCAGGUCACACGUUCUUGUUGCCAGUCUUUCACAGGUCAUUAAGUGAAGUUCUUUUCUCCAUCAGUAGGCUCCAAAUUUGGUGUCCAGCUCUGUUGAACCUGCUGAUUUCCCACUCUGGGAAAGACAUGGUGGGAUGUGUUUUCACAACCUGGCUUGUUUUCUUCAGGAAUUCCACCAUCAGUGACACACUGGAGUCCUCCAGAGCUCUUUGAUGACUUGGUGAUUUGUAUAGAGAUGCAGCCCAGGAAACCUGGGAGUGGUGCUACAGCAGGAGCCGCAAGUGGCUGACAUUCCUGAGGGGAUGGUCUCCUACUAUAGUAUUACUUUGGCUCGAGUGCUGUUUUUUCCCCCAUCUUUGGGGGUAUUUAUUGCUGCUGUUUGAGUUUUUAAUUUUUUUUAUUCAUUAAAUGAGUAAUGCCUCUGUGAGUCUGCAGUGGGAGCAAAAAGUUCAGGUGGCUCUUUCAGAGCUGCAUGCUGUCAGGCUGUCCACAUAGUUAUUAAACCCUUUCUAUUUGGAGUUCUGUUUCCUAAGUGUUUAGGAGAAAUCAUUUUGCAAUGUGAAAAGAUCUCACAGGAAAAUGUGUUUGGGACUGGAAAAAAAAUGCAUAUUGUUUUAGAUUUUUUGUCAUGGUUUAGAGGUUAGUUUGGACUUUCAGCUCUCACAGACUGAAUAGGGAGUGAUGUAUAUAUGUGUAUUUUUUUUUGAUAACUUAUAGUCUAAGUGAGUCAAAGCUCAGUUAUUUGUACCUGCUUGCACUCUUGGCUGGCCUGUUGCUGUAUUCUCCCUCAGACCACAGCAUUCUGUGCUGUCUGGCAUCUGUUUCCUUCUGUAAGAGCACCUCUUGUCUUCCCUGCUGCCUGAUGACUGAGUUCCAAAACCAAUCUUGGGUUCUUACAUCCAAAGUACCUGUGGAGCUAAAGACCAUGUGGAGCUGAGGAUUGAGGGCCAUGGCUUUGACAUUUAAUUCCCCACCAGCCUCUCACUGCUUUGCAAGAUGUUCUCAAACCCAUCUGAAAUCUGAGUGCACGAGGCAAAUUCAGGCUGCAAAUUUUAGUAACCUGGGCAUCUAAAGACCACCAGAGUGUCCUCGUCCCCUCUGAGGGGAGUUGUGCACAUGAGCUGCUGAGGGCUCUGGGAGGGGGCAGGCACAGGAGCUCCUUGGGUAACCACACUUCUUGUUGGCCUUUGAUUCUGCUCUUUCUUCUGUGCCCAGAUGGAGAUGGUGGGAGGGAAGGUCAGGGCUGGGUCACACUUUCCAGCUCUCAGUAGAGAGCAAGUUUGUUUAUUCUCCUCUGUCUGUACAACACUGCAGGAAAAAUAACUGUAGGAACAUUUCAGAUUUUAAACGUUGUUUCACCGCACAGUAUUCAUUAAUAAAGGAAAAAUUAGUCUGUUUUAACCUGUGGUCCUCAUAACCGGGAUUGUUCCCAAAUACUUGGCUUCUGUUGAAUUAACAACUUUGCCUUUACCACCCUUGUUCAACGUUACUGUAAAAAAAUUGCUUGGUUUCUUUUCCAUUUGUUUUUCAUUGCUUGUAACCUUUCCUUAGAAAUGUGGAAAUAAUUUUCCUUACAUGUUUUAUGCACCAAAAUAAACACACCACUGAUCACCUGA